AUGCCGCCCCUGGAUGAAUUUGAGUUGUAUGAACUGCGUGUCGAGGUCGUCUGUCCAGAAGGAGGCAGCAUCCAAUGCGGCGCCAAGCAGGGCGACUACUUCACGCUGGAGGGCGAGAUGAUGUAUCUACCGCCCGGCCAGGGCAUCAGCGUAUACAGUCUUGCAUCCAUGUUGCCGUUGCUGGCUGCCAAGCAGAGAAAGACGCAGCCCUCUGACUGGAUGAGCACCGACGCCCUGAUUGCCUGCCCAGACCCUAACUGCAGCUCGCAGCUCAAGAUCAUACGUACGGGGACCCGAAAGUUCCGUCACUCGGACACAACUGCGGUUGGGCUGGGAGGGGACCAAGCAGCGUGGCAGUUGGUGACGCAGCCUGUGGUCCCUCACCCCGGGUUUCCUGUCAGACUCGGAUAG